UGAUGCUUCCCGUCUCCCCUACGCUGCUUCUUUCUUUAUGUCUAUAAAUACUUCUCAGCCAGAAUUCCAUAACUCCAUCCACGUCCAUAGAGAAGAGCAAACAAAAUGGCACGUAGUAGUGUGAUCUUAUUCCAGGUGAGCCUCCUGCUCGCCGGCGUUAUCUCCUCCACCGCCCAGAACUGCGGGUGCUCGCCGGACCUCUGCUGCAGCCAGUAUGGCUACUGCGGCACCGGGAGCCAGUACUGCGGCAAGGGCUGCCGCGGGGGGCCGUGCGACGCGUCCGGCGGCGUCUCUGUCGCCGAUCUAGUCACCCAGCAGUUCUUCGACAGCAUCAUGAAUCAGGCCUCUGGUAAUCCAUGCCCGGGCAAGAGCUUCUAUACGAGGCAGGCGUUCCUGGACGCGCUGGGGUCUUACCCUCAGUUUGCCCAGGACGGCUCCGACGACACCUCUAAGCAGGAGGUUGCUGCCUUCUUUGCCCAUGUCACCCAUGAAACCGGAUAUCUGUGCUACAUAGAAGAGACGGACCAAUCCAAUGCCUACUGUGAUCCAAGCUACACUCAAUACCCGUGUGCCCAAGGGAAGAAGUACUACGGCCGUGGCCCUCUUCAACUGACCUGGAACUAUAACUACGGUGCAGCUGGACAAAGCAUUGGAUUUGAUGGCUUGAACUCGCCCGAGACCGUGGCUAAUGAUGUGAACAUAUCAUUCAAGGCUGCCUUGUGGUUUUGGAUGGAAAAUGUGCACUCUGUCAUAACCUCCGGCCAAGGGUUUGGAGCCACAAUUAAGAAGAUUAAUAGCCAAGAGUGCAAUGGAGGUGAUCCAGCUGAGAUGAAUGCCCGGGUUCAACUUUACCAGCAGUAUUGCCAGGACUUCGGCGUGGCUCCAGGAGAUAACCUCACUUGCUAGAGGAUUCACUCAAGAUUUUAUUCAUUGCAUGUAACUUGGAGGGAGAUCAAUACUUGAAACAACCUAUUCUAAUAUUGUACUAUUGAAAUAAACUAUAGAGUGUGGGGUGCAGGCCUUCAGUGAUUUGUCUCCACCUCUACCUCUUUUCUCUGCUGUAGCAACUUAUAUGAAUAUAAAGUGAACUUGGCACAAGGUCCUUUCUUA